AUGGUUUGCCUUGAUUCAGAACACGAAUUGAAGAAACCAUGGAUCGAAACACCUUUGAUUGAGUCAAUAGCACUCUCAAAGGCCGCUGGAUGGGGCAUUGGAAACUUGAUCCUCACAUCCCUCUCUGAUCCAUUGAAUAUUGGCAGAACCCUGCAUUUCUUCUGCUCCUCAGCAGGUAAUGCAGGGCUUGCAGCUGUUAUAGCCGCUCGGGAUCUCGGCUGUUCUUGUACUGUUGUUGUACCCACUACUGCAGAGCCCAUGAUGAUCAAAAAAUUAUAUGCUGCGGGGGCUUCGGAUGUUCUUCGACAUGGGGCCAGCUGGUUUGAAGCCGACACGUUCCUAAGAGAAACCUUUAUUGAAAAUGAAGACAGCAAGUCUGAUUCCAUUACCAGGAAUAUCUACGUCCCACCAUUCGAUCACCGUGAUAUCUGGCGAGGCGCAGGGACUCUGGUUGAUGAGUUAGUCAAGCAACUACCCCCAAGACACUGCAAUGAAACUGCUAGCUCUUGCUCAUUCCCAGCAGAUGCAAUCGUUUGCAGCGUUGGCGGGGGUGGUCUUUUGAACGGGAUUGUUGACGGCCUUGAAAGGCAUUUACCUCUUUAUCAACCGACGGUGAAGAAUGUUCAGAUCAUCGCUGUUGAAACAGCUGGAGCGGAUUCGCUGGCGCACUCACUAAGCAAGGGUUCCUGGAAAUCUCUAUCUGCAAUUACAUCAAAGGCAAUCACUCUGGGGGCACUCCGUGUGGCUCAACAGACGUUUAAAAACGCACACUCUCCUCCACCGGGUAUCAAAGUCACCAGUAUUGUGGGUACCGACGCUGAUGCUGCGAUGGGAGUUGUGCGUUUGUGUGAUGAGCUACGGCUAGAGGUAGAGCUGGCAUGCGGAAUAAGUGUCCAAGUUGGAUUGGAUAGGUUAAGAGAGGCCAUGACAGACCUAACACCGGAUAGCCGAGUUGUUAUCGUAAUUUGUGGGGGAAGCGGUGUUACUUCUGAAAUGAUUGUGGAUUACCGUCAGAGGCUUCAAAAUGGUUGGAAAUGA